GCGGCGGGCAGCGCCAUGGGGUCGCGGAGGGCUGGGAGUCGUGUCUGGGGCCUGAACGGUCGGGCAGGGGCGGGUGGCGACGGCGAGGACGAUGGGCCUGUGUGGACGCCGGGCCCGGCCAGCCGCAACUACCUACUCAGCGUGCGGCCGGAGACGAGGAGCACCUUCUGCUCCAUCAUUGCUCAGCUCACAGAAGAGACCCAGCCACUAUUUGAGACCACGCUCAAGUCCCGGGCUGUGUCUGAGGAUAGCGACGUCAGGUUCACCUGCAUCGUCACAGGAUACCCGGAGCCAGAGGUGACCUGGUACAAGGAUGACAUAGAACUGGACCGUUACUGUGGUCUGCCAAAAUAUGAGAUCACUCAUCGGGGCAACCGGCACACGCUGCAGUUGUACAGGUGUCAAGAAGAAGAUGCUGCCAUCUAUCAGGCCUCUGCCCGGAACACUAAGGGCAUUGUGUCCUGCUCAGGGGUCCUGGAAGUGGGCACAAUGACUGAGUAUAAGAUCCAUCAGCGCUGGUUUGCGAAGUUGAAGUGCAAGGCUGCAGCCAAGAUGCGGGAAAUUGAGCAGAGCUGGAAGCAUGGGAAGGAGGGCACAGGAGAGGCUGAUACUCUGCGCAAGAUCAGCCCUGAUCGCUUCCAACGAAAACGCCGACUAAGUGGGGCCGAGGUGGCAGUACCCUCAGCCCCAGCCAGAGAGACAGAAGAAGGGUCCUCAGCAGGUUGGCAAGAAGGAGAGACUGAGCCAGAGCAGCACCCUGGUUUGGGCCUGAUCAACAGUUUUGGUCCCGGAGAGGCACCCACCAAUGGGGAGCCUGCCCCCGAGAAUGGAGAGGAUGGAGAGCAUGGCUUGCUGAUGUACAUCUGUGAGGCCAUGGAGCUAGGACCUCAGAGCACUCCUCCAAAGGAGUCUGGGGCUAAGAAAAAAAGGAAAGAUGAGGCAUUUAAGCAGAGUGUGUUGAAGCCAGAGUUAGAAAAGGCAGACCAAAGUGAGUGUGCUUCAGAAAAUGGUGUCCCCAGUUCAGACAAGCCCGAUUCCAGUGGAACACAGAAGCCCAUGGACAUGCAAUCAGUUCAGACUCAGUCCAGAGGCAAGAUAGCACGGGGGGCUGGGUCUUGUGGAAUAGAAAGCACUAGGAAGCCAGCCUCUGUUGUGGGCAUUCAAGACAAAGCCCAGGAUGCCCCAACCCCAACUGCAACCCCAGCUCUAGUUCCAGCCCCAGCCCCUGCCCCUGCCUCAGGUCUUGGCUCAGACCAGGUGUAUUUCUCCCUGAAGGACAUGUACAUGGAAAGUACCCUGGCAGGCAGGCCCCAGAAGGAUGAGCCUCCACCCCCAAGAACCAGGGAACCUGGAGAGAGUCCCUCAGGGAAGGUAUCCAUCAAGGCUAUAGGUGAGAGGGUGCCUAUAGCUUCUGGCCAGCCCACACUCUCCAUAGUCCCCCAGCCCACUAAGCCUUUCAACAGGAAGAGAUUUGCUCCUCCAAAGCCCAAAGGGGAACCCACCACGAUCUCUUCCUCAAGUCAGGCUCCAAAACCUGUGACCCAGAGCUUGGGGAAGGCCCCACCUCAGACCUCUACCCAGGUGCCAACACCCCCUGCCCGCCGGAGACACAGCACCCGAGAGAGCCCCUUGCAGGGAGGAACAGGCCAUAAGACUCCAGGGGAGGCUUUGGAGUCCCAGGCAACCAUAGCUUCUACUAUAUCUGUCAGCAGCAGCUCUGAAAACCAAGGUGUCAUUGAGCCCAUGGAUACAGGAACCCAGGAGGAUGGAAGAACAUUGGAUGAUGGGAGAAUUGGAAACAGGAAGAGCACACAGACAGAUGGAAAGCCACGGGUGCAUGGGAAGACCCAGGGAGAUGGAGCACAAGCAGCCCAGAGGACACAGACAGACAAGAAAGCACAGGUGGAUGUUGUGACACAAGGAAGUGAGAGGCCACAGUUAGAUAGGCAAUCACAGAAGGAUGUGGUGGCACAGAAAACGGUGGAGGUAGGACAGACACAGGCAUAUGAGAGGAUACGGGAAGAUGCGAGGGACACAAGGAUGCAGGAAGAAAAGGGGACACAGUCAGAGGGCAGCAUUCCCACAGCUUUCAAAGCCCAAUCAGAGCAGUCAUCUGUGACCAGCCUCAGCCCACUGCCCAGAGUCCCCAAACUCCCACCAUCAGAAUGCCCUCAGGUUAUGGAAUGUUUUGAGAAGAGCUCAGAGGCAUCUUGUAUUCCAGCAAAACCUAGUUUCAUUCUCAGAUCUGAAGAGCCACCUGUAACAGCCUUCAGAAACCAUGAGAACACUGUACUAGGUCCCCUGUCAGAGAACCAUUUGUACCCAGCCCAGCUGCCUCCUGGAGGCAGUUUGGAGCAGGUGGGAGGAGAAACAUGCCAAAGGCUUGAGUUGUUAGGCCUGGUUAAGGCCAAGCCAGAGGGCAACCUGUUUGAGUGCCCCAAGAAGGAACAGCCAGAGGAAAUGCUAUGUAUUGAUCUCCCUGGUUUUCAUUCAACUGGCCUGAGCCAGGAGGUGCCCACCAUGCCAUCUCUUCCUGGAAUUGGUCUGACCAAUAGCCUGCAGGAGGGACUGCACAGCACCCCAGCUUCUCAGCACAUAAGCACAGAGGCCAUCCUGCCCUCCAGGGACCAGGCCUUGCUGAGUUCAGCUCCCACUCUGCACCUGGGACCAGGGCCCCCCACCCAGACUCACCCAUCAGAAAUCAUGGCUACCAGCAGAAAGGGUGCCUGUGCCAAAGAGCCAAAUGUGGAGGGGAGGUCCCCAGGCACCCAGAGCUGUGACCCUGGUCUUAUAGAUUCCCUGAAGAACUACUUGCUUCUGCUGCUGAAGCUGUCUAGCACAGAGACAAAGGAAGCUGGGGCAGAGUCCCAAGAAGAGGCUGCCACUGGAGGCUUAGCACCUUCCUCCAGUCUGGUCCCCACCAUGGAAGUGGCCGGGCUUAGCCCCAGAACGUCUAGGCGCAUCCUGGAACGUGUGGAGAACAACCACCUGGUACAGAGUGCACAGACCCUGCUGCUGAGCCCCUGUACCACCCGCCGCCUCACUGGCCUCCUGGACCGCGAGGUGCAGGCUGGCCAGCAGGCUCUGGCUGCUGCCCAGGGCUCCCGGGCCCCAUGCCCCAGCCCCGUCACCAUUCCUGCCAUUGUGGUGGGUGAGGAAGAAUCUGAUGCUGGUGAGGGAGAAGCUUCCCAGGAGGUUAUAUCUCAGGAAAGUGUCAAGUCUGGGAAGGGGGAAGUAGGUGGACAAGCAGUAGAGAGCAGAAUCCAGGAGCCUUGCCAAGAUGAGGAGGGUCCAGCAGAAGCUCUGACAGGGCUCCCUGCAGCUACACCUGAGGAACUGGCUCUGGGGGCCCGGAGGAAAAGGUUUCUUCCUAAGGUCAGAGCAGCAGCGGAUGGAGAGGCAAACAAGUCUGAAGAAAGGGAGAGCCCCACAGUUUCCCCUCGUGGGCCCAGGAAAGGCCUGGUGCCUGGGUCCCCAGGGACUCCAGGGCGAGAGAGGCGCUCCCCCACCCAGGGCAGAAAGGCCAGCAUGCUGGAGGUGCCUCGGGCAGAGGAGGAGUCUACAGCUGAAGACCUGGGCUCCAGCCCCAAAGCCAGUGGACUAGACUCAGAAUCUGUCCUGGAUGAAGGCAAGCAGGAACCUCUGGCUAAGCCCAGGAACGCCAAAGACCUGCUGAAAGCUCCACAGGUGAUCCGGAAAAUUAGAGUGGAACAGUUUCCAGAUGCCUCUGGUAGCCUGAAGCUCUGGUGCCAGUUUUUCAACAUUGUUAGUGACUCAGUCUUGACAUGGGCCAAGGAUCAGCACCCAGUGGGCGAAGUGGGCAGGAGUGCAGGGGACGAGGGGCCGGCGGCCUUGGCCAUUGUGCAGGCAUCCCCAGUGGACUGUGGCGUAUAUCGAUGCACCAUUCACAAUGAGCACGGUUCGGCCUCCACUGACUUCUGCCUCAGCUCUGAAGUGUUGUCCGGCUUCAUCUCCAGGGAGGAAGGUGAAGUUGGAGAAGAGAUUGAGAUGACCCCCAUGGUGUUUGCUAAGGGUCUGGCUGACUCUGGCUGCUGGGGGGACAAGCUGUUUGGGCGACUGGUGAGUGAGGAACUCCGAGGGGGUGGACGUGGAUAUGGCCUUCAAAAGGCCUCCCAGGCCAAGGUCAUCUAUGGGCUAGAGCCCAUCUUUGAAUCCGGUCGCAUGUGCAUCAUCAAAGUAUCCAGCCUGCUUGUGUUUGGACCCAGCAGUGAGACUUCUCUUUUGGGCAGAAACUACGACGUCACCAUCCAGGGGUGCAAGAUCCAGAACAUGAGUCGAGAGUACUGCAAAAUCUUUGCAGCUGAAGCCCGAGCAGCAUCUGGCUUUGGGGAGGUUCCUGAGAUCAUCCCACUCUAUUUGAUCUACCGACCUGCAAACAAUAUCCCAUAUGCCACCCUGGAGGAGGACCUGGGCAAGCCUCUGCAGUCUUAUUGUUCCCGGGAAUGGGGCUGUGCUGGGGCUCCAGCAGCAUCCAGCAGCUUGGAGGCCAUGCAGAAAUGUCAGACCUUCCAGCACUGGCUGUAUCAGUGGACAAAUGGCAGCUUCCUCGUCACAGAUUUGGCAGGGGUUGACUGGAAGAUGACUGAUGUACAGAUUGCUACCAAACUGCGAGGAUACCAAGGCCUCAAGGAGAGCUGCUUCCCUACCCUGCUGGACCAGUUUGCCUCUUCCCACCAGUGCAAUACCUACUGUGAGAUGCUGGGGCUGAAACCCCUCAAGGGCCCUGAGGCUGCCUACCCCCAAGCCAAGGCCAAAGGCUCCAAGAGUCCAUCUGCUGGCAGAAAAGGCUCCCAGCUGAGUCCUCAGCCCCAGAAGAAAGGCCUUCCCAGUCCUCAGGGCACCCGCAAGAAUGCUCCAAGCUCCAAGGCCACACCUCAGGUCUCAGAGGCAGUCGCUGUCCAGUUAUUGGGACAGUCUCUCACCCAAGAGGGGCGCUCCAAGGCCCAGGGCAUGCGGUAGCCCCAACAGGAGGCUGGGGGCCUCCACCCAGCAGCAGACCAACCAGGAAGCAGCUUGAACCAGAUGGAGACGUGCUUGAUACAGGACUAAUCCAAGAAGAUGGCCAGAGGAGGUACCUCUUGGGAACCUCUCUGAGUAGUUUCACCUCUUUGGAAGGCUUUGGGCAUGGCACAUGGCCCACUGGCCUCUUCUGGUGUCAUCAUCACCCAGGACUCCCAGGCCUCAAGUGGGGGCCCACCUUCAAGUGCCUGGUGUCCUAGGCCCUCAUCAAAGUUUACACUUGUCACUGCUGGAGGCUCCCCGAGUCCUCUGCAUGAGUUCUGCACUCUGACCCCUUGCCCUAGCCACCCCACAGCAAAUACUGCACUCUGGGACCUGUGGGCCAGCAGUUACCCUUCUAUUCCUGCUUGUCCCAGCUCUCUCCCUGUCCUCAGGGCUCCAGACUCUCUGCUGGGUCUACCCUUGUAACUAACCUGUCCCUGAGCCCAGAUGGGGCCCAGAGCCCUUCUGGAGCCUGUCAUGUCGUGCAGUGGUCUUUGAUGAUGCGUGUUUUUGUCACUUUGACACUUAACUUGCUUCUCAUGCUCCCUUGCACACACUCCCAUCCCAGGUUUUGAACCCAAUUGCAGUCUGCUGCUUGCCCUUCACCAGCUAGUUGCUUGUCUGGCCAAGGGCUCCCUUCACUCUACCCACCAAUGCCUGGGUGAGGAACAGACCCUUUGACCUCUCAUUCCACCCCAGUGCACUCUUCCUUUUCUCUUGGAUCUCUGCUCAUGAGGUCAGAGUUGGCAUGAGGGCUUGUGAGCAGCUGUAGGAAGAGGGAAGGUAUUGACUUUGAGAGACCUUGUACUCUGUAGUUGAAAGGAGUGAGGUCAGAGACGGCUAGGACUCUUCCUCAAUGUGAGAGGGGAGGACACAGGUGUUCCAGGAGGGCUGUAAUUUAUUCUGUGCUUGGGUAGAUGUGUGUCUCUGCCUACCUACAACCAUUAACUCUUAAUCCACAGAACUUCUGUGCUGGAGUCUAGCACCCUAGGUACUUCCUAGACAUCCCUCCUUGAGACUUGGGAUGGGGUAGGCCUGGAGCUAGCCUGCUCCCCUUGGAAUGCAAUAAAGGGAGCAACUAUGUGUCCUGCUUGCCCUCAUCUGGUGUGGUUAUAGAGUCAGGGUCUCUUCUUCUCAGACAGGCUCUAUGUAGUUCCUAGGCCUACUGGAAAAAUUAAUCUAUAUUUUGGCUCCUAGCCUGAAGUUCAGUCUCAGUCUUCAGCACAGCUUGACAGUCUGUGCUACAGUGCAUUUGCUGUUGGUUUGUACCCCUUAGCGGAGUAUCAGGGAACUUAAUGCCUUUGGAAUUAUGCCUUCAUUUGGAAGACAAUGGGAAGGAAGGAAUCCAGAAUGGAAGAGCUUUUCCAAGUCUCAGCUGCCUCCACCACAGCCAGAGGCUGAGAGUACCUCUCAGCUAUUCACUGGCCCCUUCCUGCCUCUCGGGAAGUGCUCAUUCCCAGACCCACCUGCCCCACCCAGGAACUUCCCACCUGACAUCUCCCCUUCCCUUGGGAUGUUUGUAACUUCUCUACCUCUCUUUGCUCAGGUGACUCCUCACUUUUUCCUCUUGCCUCAGUGUGCCCCCAGUUCUCCAUCCUCGUGUCCAAUGAAAGCUCUAGCAUUGCUCAUGCACUUACUCAUUCAGCAGACACACCCUGGGCACCUGCUGUAUGCCAGACCAUGAGCUGGCAGCUGUUGGAUGGCAGAAGUGUAUCCAGGGUCUAAGGGAAGAGACUACAUAUCUUUGAGGACACGUGGAUUUUGAACAAAAGACAUUAACUUGGACCAACUUAAGCAAGAAAAGGUCUUCAUGAGAAGGAUGUAGGAAGGGGUAGCUCACAGAACCAGAAGAAUAGCUGAACAAUUAGCCUUGGGGAAAGUGGGAGCCAGGACAGCUCCCUGUAGCUGUCACCAUUGGACCCAGCAAGUCUCCCUUCACUCAAAGUUCAAAUUCCAGGCAAGAGAAUCUGGUCUGGUACUCAGGGACUCGGAGGGAGAGAGGCAAUAUUCUAAAACGGGAUUCUUUUUUGAAACAGCAUCUCAAAUAGCCCAGGCUGACUUCAAACCCGCUAUGUAUAAUGAUUGAGCAGCUGGCCUUGAGUGCCUGAUCCUUCUGCCUCUUAUCGAAGAAAUACUGGGAUUACAGGUGUGCACCGCCAUAUCCAGUUUAAGAUGGUGAUUCUAACCAGAACAGUGAUGGAGAAUGGAAGGGCAGAAAGGCUUUGGUGGGCAAAACCAAGAUAUGCACCCUGGCACGAACACAAAGACUUCUUCCCAUGUAUUCUAUUACAAAUCCCACAUAUAGCCCAAACCAAAUUCCCUGCUUAGAGAGUUCAAGGACAUGUCUAACUAAGCCUAAGGGUAAUGGCAGGGCUACUAUUGGUGUCAAGUAUCACUAGUGAUACCUUUCAGUUUUCUCACAAUUCUACUUUGAAAUUCCUCAUUCUUUUUAUUUUUUC